AAAUCCGUCAGGGCGCUGGAAAAAGGUAAACAAGAGCAGAGAAAGGGGAGAAAAGUGGCCAGAAACAGCAUGGAAAGUGUUCUGUACAGGCACAAUUCGGGCUCCGAGGGGGAGGAUGACUUUCCGGAUACGGGGCUGCAGUCGGAUUUCACUGCGGAGGCCACAGUGAAGCAAGAUGUGGUGGAGAGGAGAGAAAAACACCGCUCAGACUCAUUUCUCAGCCCAUCGGAUUCUGAACCCGGCGAAGAGGAUUUCGACUCAUCGGACAUGGCGCACGCUAUCGAGGAGAACCUCCUGCGAGAGCUGCACGACGACAAAUCCAGUCUGAGAAUCAAGGAUGAGCACGAGGCGGGAAAUCGGGUGGAAGAUGACAUCAUACUGCCAUCGGAAGUCAUGCACACCGUGAGCGAUCGGGAACAGGAGCAGCGAGAGCGGGAUAGGCUGAAAAGGAAGGAGCUGAAGUCGCGAAAAGAGGCGGAGGAAGAAGAGCGAGAGAAAAUGCAGGUGCUCGUGUCGAACUUCACGGAGGAGCAACUGGACAGAUAUGAGAUGUUCAGGAGAUCUGCCUUCCCCAAGGCCGCCGUGAAGCGCCUCAUGCAGACUAUAACCGGCUGUUCGGUGUCGCAGAACGUUGUGAUCGCCAUGUCGGGCAUCGCUAAGGUGUUUGCCGGAGAAGUUGUGGAGGAAGCACUGGACGUGAUGGAGUCUGCUGGUGAGACGGGCGCACUGCAGCCCAAGUACAUCCGGGAGGCUGUCAGGAGACUGAGAGCGCGAGGAAUAAUCCCUUCGGGACGAGCUCACAAGCAAUUCUUCCGUCUCAAUUGACGCUCAGACUCAUACUUCUGCCCCAUCAGCCUCUUCGCAUGCACAGGACAUCGACCUCUAGUUGAAUUACAUUUGUUCACAAGGGGUUUAAUUUAAGAUCUAAUAUAUAUUUAAGAACUGGAAUCACGCGGUUUUUCUGGGUGCAAUAGUCUGGACACAGUGCAGUUCAGACACACAGAUCUAGCUGAGACGCACGGACGAGGAUUUAAGAGCUUCAACUGAUUUUCAAGAUGAUCUCUUGAAUGGUGAAUUAUUCGCUCACGCUAGAUAAAUUGUCGUGCGGGCGAUCGUGAGAUGCCA